CCUUUCACCUUCUAACGUGCGACCAACGAAAUGAAAGCGUGACGUCACUAACAGUCGUCAGAUCUCUUCCCUGCUAGGCGUGACGGUCCAGAAGAAGGGGCGGGGCUAGCGUCUCCCUACGUCACCGCGACUGGCCUCAGACAGUGGAGACCUGCGGAGCUUAUUGUAGUGACAGCUGCGGGAGGACCCCGGUGGCGGCGGUGCGCUGGUGGUGUUUGCAGGCACAUCUUUGAACUUUGGAAGUCGCGUUUCUCUUGGACGUCUUCCUGUGUGUAGUCUAACUGGUCAUUUCAGGAAGGAAGACAAAAUUCUAGAAGGAGCCUGUGGCUGGGAGAUUCUGACAUCAAUGUGGCUUGUUGAAUAACUGCAAUACAUAUGAGUGUCAGUGAAAAACAGGUUGUGCGGUUAUAAUUUCCACGUGCACUGACAAUGGUAGAUGUUGGAAAAUGGCCGAUAUUUGCACUAUGCCCUCAAGAAGAUCUGAAGUUCAUAAGAAAGGCUUGUGUGUUUGGUUCUGGAAAUGAAGUGUUAUAUAUCACAAAAAAUGAUGAGGUUUUUGUGAUGGGUACAAACAGCAGUGGCUGUUUAGGAACAGGAGAUACGCUGAGUAUAAUUGAACCUAGGUGUCUUAAUAUUCUCUCAGGGAAGAAGAUAGCCAGUCUGAGCUGCGGGAGCGGCCCUCAUGUUGUGGUUAUAACCUCAGAUGGAGAAGUAUAUAGCUGGGGUCACAACGCCUACAGCCAGUUGGGCAAUGGGUCUACUAGUCAAGCUUUAAUUCCAUGUCAAGUGUCCACCAACUUGGUGAACAAGAAGGUUGUGAGUGUGGCUUGUGGUUCCCAUCAUUCUAUGGUGUCUACAUCUGAUGGAGAGGUGUAUGCUUGGGGAUAUAAUAAUUCUGGGCAAGUUGGAUCUGGAUCUACAGCAAAUCAACCGAUUCCUAGAAGAGUAACCAGCUGUCUGCAAAAUAAGAUUGUCGUUUGCAUUGCUUGUGGUCAGAUGAGCUCCAUGGCUAUAGUGGACAAUGGGGAGGUUUAUGCAUGGGGCUACAAUGGAAACGGACAGCUGGGGUUGGGUAGCAGUGGAAACCAGCCAACGCCGUGCAGAAUAGCCGCCCUUCAAAGUAUCCGUGUGGAACAGAUUGUCUGCGGCUAUGCACAUACACUGGCACUGACAGAUGAAGGUGUAAUGUAUGCAUGGGGAGCCAACUCCUAUGGCCAGUUGGGAACGGGAAAUAAAAGUAACCAGUCCUACCCUGUACAAGUAUGUGUGGAAAAGGAAAGAAUAGUGGAAAUUGCGGCGUGUCACUCCUCCCACACGUCUGCUGCUAAAUCUCAGAGUGGUCAGGUAUUCAUGUGGGGACAGUGUCGAGGACAAGCCGUCAUCUCCCCUCAUCUCACCCACUUCUCUUGCACAGAUGAUGUGUUUGCCUGCUUCUCCACCCCUGCUAUAAUGUGGCGCCUCCUUUCCGUAGAGCCAGAUGAUCACCUGACAGUAGCAGAGUCUUUAAAGAAGGAGUUUGACAAUCCGGAGACCUCAGACUUGAAGUUCUUAGUGGAAGAUAAAUUCAUUCACGUGCACAAAGUCCUUCUUCAAAUUAGAUGUGAACAUUUCCGUUCAUUCUUACAUGACAGUAAUGAGGAUGUCAUUGAAAUGAACCAGUUUUCUUAUCCAGUAUUUCGCGCCUUCCUGGAGUAUCUGUAUACUGAUAAUAUCAGCAUUUCUCCCGAGGAUGCCAUUGGACUUUUGGAACUGGCCACAUCGUAUAGAGAAAAUAGACUGAAGCAGCUAUGCCAGCAGACCAUAAAACAAGGUAUCUGUGAAGAGAAUGCGGUGGUGCUUCUGUCAGCAGCUGUAAAAUAUGAUGCCCAGGACCUAGAAGAGUUCUGCUUCAGAUUCUGCAUAAACCAUAUGACUGUGGUUACCCAGACGGACGCCUUUGCUAAUAUGGACAGUGAUCUUCUAAAGAUCUUUAUCAAUAAGGCAAGCAAAGCCGGAGCCUUCAAGAACUGACGGCACCUUGCAAGACAAUGGAGAUGACUUUUUAGCUAAACUUGAAUUCCAAGCAAUUGGUGUAUUUACUUUUUGGUCAAAUGACAAGCGUAUUGAAUUUAUAUGUAUUCCAGUAAUUUUAGAGUGAUUUAUAAAUGGGCAAAUGUGAAAUCUCUUCCUCUUUGACAACGUUAAUACUAAAUGUGUACAGGAUUUUGGCAGGUCGGUAAUUGAAAUAUGUAACAGAAAUGUGAUUACUACAAACUAAUUCAGAUGGUAUACGUAGCCCCAGUGCUAAAACACUUGUGUGCAUGUUUGACAGAAUUGUUUUAUCUAUCGUCCAUAUGACCAGUUUAUGGUCACAAACAUUAAAUUCUACAAGAUUUAACCUCCUUGUCAAAAAGGAGAAUACCCUUUAAAAACCCUGUGUACCUGGGUUACUUUCACGUAGGUCAAAUACUCAUUCAUGUGGAUAAUCUGCAGUGUAUAACAAUACCAGCAAUGGGAGAACAAUUGUACGACCUCUAUGCACACAGUGUAAAAAAAAAAUAUAUAUAAUAAUAAUAAUAAUUGAUGUUUCGGAUUUUCUCUGUUCAGAUCCAUGUGUGAAUCCAUACUUGUUGCAGAUCUUGCUCUGGAUCAGCAGCAGAAUGUGCAACUGUGGGUUUCAAAUACAUAGAUUUUAAUUUUUUUUUUUACAUAAACUUAAAGCUCCCAAAUCUGAGGGGGGCAAUUCCGCAACAAGUGAAAAUUUGGAACUUCAUUGCAUUGCAUUAGGAAAAACUUUUUUUUUUUUUUUUUACAUUUUAUGCUGAUCUAGAGCAAGAUCUGCAACAAGUGCUAAAAUCAAACAAUAAAUUCUUUUUUUUUUUUCUCCCUCAAUCAUUCUGCACUUAGUAUCCCAUAAUGAGUGUGAGAACAGAUUUUUAGAAAUUUUUUGCUAAUUUAUUAAAGGAAAAAACUAAAAAUUUUGCACGGAAUUAAAGGAGAAUAUAUCCUGAACAAAAACGUAUCCGCAGGAUUAGGGAUCAGUUUUAGAUUGCAGGAAUCCAACUUCUGGGCCCUCCUCGCCCCCUUCAUAUAUCUAUGGAAGAACCGUUCAGCUAUCAUCGGCUCUCCCAUAGAGAUAUAUGGAGAGGGAGUGUCUGCCGCUGCCUCGUGCGGGGGUCAACAUGUUCUGUUCUGAUAGAAAGUCUGGGCCCUGUACAGGAGAUGAAACUUUCUGGCCUCAAUUCUUAGCAUCACGUCUGGAGAAAACCAGACCCUGUCCACCACCAUACUUCACUGUAGUGAUAACAUUGGAUAGGUUAUGAGCGGUAAGACUGCUCCUUUUAGCUUUCCAUUAACCCUGACCAAAGUACAGAGAUAUUCUCAAUAAAAACCAGAUCCAGUGUGCUCUGGGCUGAAGAUUCACCUUCCAACAAAACAAUGACCUAAGCACACAACCAAAACAAUGCAGGAGCCGCUUAUGGACAACUCUGAAUGUCCUUGAGUGACCCAGCCGGAGCCCUGACAUGAACCCAAUAGAACAUUUCUGUAGAGACCUGAAAAUGGCUUCCACUAAUGGUCCCCAUCCAACCUGAUAGUCUGAGAGGAUCUGCAGAUAAGAAUGGCAGAUAACCCCAAAUCCAGGUGUGUAAACCUUGUGGUAUCAUCCCCCAAGAUGACUGGAGGCUGUUAUCUCUGCCAAAGGGCUUUUAAAAGGGGUACUCCUGUGGAAAACUUUUUUUUUUUUUUUUUUUU